GGGGAGGCCCUGGCGGAGGCCUGCAAAUCAACUGCGUGGUUUGGGGGACCUCGGAAACCCCAGCGGACAGCGGCGAGGGGCGCGUGGAGCCGUGGGGGCAAGGAGUCGGGCGGCAGGAGGGGCGGCCCGGAGCUCAGGCGGGACAGAGCGCCGGCGGGCGGGCGGCCGGCGGGGCUGCCCGGCGCGGGUGUCCCGGCGAUGUGUGGCGCUGAAGCGGCAUCGGGAGCAGCAGCGGCGGCGGGCUCGGCCUCGGCUUCGCAGCGGUGCCGGCGGCGGAGACGGAGGCGCAGGUUCCUCAUUAGGACCUGGCGAGCCCAGGCCUAAUUGGCGGCCCAGCGAAGCCUCUGCUUAGGGCCCCGGACGGGGACCCGACCCGCCUCGCCCUGCCCCGGGAGCCUGCCUCCCCGGCCGGGGAUGAAGCCAGGAGGCGGCCGCGCGGGGCGCAGCACAAAGGCUUGUCCCUGGGGGCCGCCGCCGCCAGCCUAGAGCCGCCCGCCGAAGCGGAGCCGGCGCCGGGGCCCUCAUCCCCGCUGGCCCCUGGGGGCGGCUGCUGCGGGUCUCCCCGAGGCCCAGGGGCCCGAGCGCCGAGCCCCUUGCUCCCUCGGCUACGGUGGGACCGGGCAGCUGCGCAGCCUCCGCCGCUCCCGGCCGUAGAGGCCCUACGGAGCAUGUCCGAGGAGAGCGACAUGGAGAAAGCCAUCAAGGUGCUGUCUUAGGCACUGGUGGUGCAAAGCCAACCUCCCAGAUGUCCCUGCUCUCAAGGAGCUUAUAUUCUAGAUGGUGGAGUUAGGAAACCUCCAUUUUAGAGGAAUACAAUAUCAAUUGGACUCAGAAGCUGGGAGCUGGAAUUAGUGGUCCAGUUAGAGUCUGUGUAAAGAAAUCUACUCAAGAACGGUUUGCACUGAAAAUUCUUUUUGAUCGUCCAAAAGCUAGAAAUGAGGUACGUCUGCACAUGAUGUGUGCCACACACCCAAAUAUAGUUCAAAUCAUUGAAGUGUUUGCUAACAGUGUACAGUUUCCUCAUGAGUCCAGCCCCAGGGCUCGACUCUUAAUUGUAAUGGAGAUGAUGGAAGGGGGAGAGCUAUUUCACAGAAUCAGCCAGCACCGGCACUUUACAGAGAAGCAAGCCAGCCAAGUAACAAAGCAGAUAGCUUUGGCUCUACAGCACUGUCACUUGUUAAACAUCGCUCACAGAGACCUCAAGCCUGAAAAUCUGCUCUUCAAGGAUAACUCUUUGGAUGCCCCAGUGAAGUUGUGUGACUUUGGAUUUGCUAAAAUUGACCAAGGUGACUUGAUGACACCCCAAUUCACCCCUUAUUAUGUUGCACCUCAGGUACUGGAGGCACAGAGAAGGCAUCAGAAGGAGAAAUCUGGCAUCAUACCUACCUCGCCAACACCCUAUACUUACAACAAGAGCUGUGACUUGUGGUCCCUAGGGGUGAUUAUCUACGUGAUGUUGUGCGGAUACCCUCCUUUUUACUCCAAACACCACAGCCGGACUAUCCCAAAGGAUAUGCGGAGAAAGAUCAUGACAGGCAGUUUUGAGUUCCCAGAAGAAGAGUGGAGCCAGAUUUCAGAGAUGGCCAAAGAUGUUGUGAGGAAGCUUUUGAAGGUCAAGCCAGAGGAAAGACUCACCAUCGAGGGAGUAUUGGAUCACCCGUGGCUCAACUCGACUGAAGCCUUGGAUAAUGUGCUACCCUCUGCUCAACUGAUGAUGGAUAAGGCGGUGGUUGCAGGAAUCCAGCAGGCUCACGCGGAACAGUUGGCCAACAUGAGAAUCCAGGAUCUGAAAGUCAGCCUCAAACCCCUGCACUCUGUGAACAACCCCAUUCUGAGGAAGAGGAAAUUACUUGGCACCAAGCCAAAAGACGGUGUUUAUAUCCACGACCGUGAGAAUGGAGCAGAGGAUUCAAAUGUUGCCUUGGAAAAGCUCCGAGAUGUUAUUGCUCAGUGUAUUCUCCCCCAGGCUGGUAAAGGAGAGAAUGAAGAUGAAAAGCUGAAUGAAGUAAUGCAGGAGGCUUGGAAGUAUAACCGGGAAUGCAAACUCCUAAGAGAUACUCUGCAAAGCUUCAGCUGGAAUGGUCGUGGAUUCACAGAUAAAGUAGAUCGACUAAAACUGGCAGAAAUUGUGAAGCAAGUGAUAGAAGAGCAAACCAUGUCUCAUGAAUCCCAAUAAUGACAGAUUCAGACUUUGUUUUUUUAACAAUUUGAAAAAUUAUUCUUUAAUGUAUAAAGUAAUUUUUAUGUAAAUUAAUAAAUCAUAAUUUCAUUUCCACA